GGACUGAUCUGAGGAUUGUUCUUCUGGGUAAAACUGGAUCAGGAAAAAGUGCAACAGGAAACACUAUCCUGGGCAGAAAGGCUUUUGAAGUUGUUGAUUUCAUGAAAUCAGCCAAUAAAUCAUGUGAGAAACAGGAAGGAGUGGUGGAUGGAAAAAACGUCUCUUUAAUUGACACUCCAGGACUAUUUAACACAGCUAUGGAUAAACAACAAGUGAAGACUGAAAUAGAAAAGUGUGUGCAGAUGUCAUCUCCUGGUCCUCAUGUGUUUCUGCUGGUGCUAAAGCUAGGUGUGAGUUUCACAAAAGAAGAGAGAGAAGCAGUGAAAUGGAUUCAGGAGAACUUUGGAGAAGAAGCUAUGAGUCGUACCAUCAUUCUGUUCACUCACGCUGAUCUGCUGAAGGGAAAACCUGUGGAAGAGUACAUUAGUAAAAGUGACUAUUUAAUGGAAUUAGUUCGAAGCUGUGAAGGCAGAUAUCACUCAUUCAACAAUGAGGACAGAAACCAUCAAGAUCAGGUCACUGGACUGCUGAAAAAUAUUGACACAAUGAUGAAGAAAAAUGAAAUGAUGCCUUACAUUUUUGAGAUGUUUAAAACAACUCAGACAGAAAUUACAAGGAGAAAAAAUCAGACAGUGAUUGCAUGUGCAGUUGCAGUGCUGCUACUUGGUAUAGUUUUUGCAUUUCUGCAACAGCAGAAGAUGAAGUUGGAGCUACAGGAGAAGAUGAUGUUAGAGCAACAGGAAAAGAUGAGGUUGGAGCAACAAGAGCAGAUGAUGUUAGAGCUACAGGAGAUGAUGAUGAUGUUAGAGCAAGAAGAGAAAAUGAUGUCGGAGCUAGAGGAAAUGUUGAGGUUGGAGCAACAUGAGAUGAUGAUGUUGGAGCUACAGGAGAAGAUGAUGUUGCAGCAACAGGAGAAGAUGAUGUCGGAGCUAGAGGAAAUGUUGAGGUUGGAGCAACAGGAGAAGAUGAUGUUAGAGCUACAGGAGAAGAUGAUGUUAGAGCUAUAG